AGAGUUUUUGAGAAUUCCGAGCGGCGGAGAGAUGUCAGAGAUGGAGGUGGAGAAACCGGAGUUGACAUUGUAUAACACGAUGACUCAGUUGAAAGAAGUUUUUAAGCCGAUCAAUCCCGGCAAGAUCGGGAUGUAUGUCUGUGGCAUCACCGCCUACGAUUAUAGCCAUAUUGGGCACGCUCGUGCCGCCGUCUCUUUUGACCUCCUUUACAGGUACUUAAGGCACUUGGGUUAUGAAGUUAAUUAUAUCAGAAAUUUUACAGAUGUUGAUGACAAGGUAUGGUAUCUUUUCUGCGUAAUUGAAAAGGCUAAAAAGUGUGGGGAGAAGCCGUUAGAUUUGAGUAAUCGCUUUUGCGAGGAGUAUCUUCUAGAUAUGACUGCUCUUCAGUGCCUCCUUCCCACCCGCCAGCCUCGUGUCAGUGACCAUAUGGAGCACAUUAUUAAGAUGAUUGAAAAGAUCAUUGAAAACGGAUGUGGGUAUGCAGUGGGUGGAGAUGUGUUCUUCUCAGUGGAUAAGUCACCGAGUUACGGUCAAUUAUCUGGGCAACGGCUGGAUCAUACUCAAGCUGGUAAGCGUGUUGCUGUUGACUCAAGGAAGCGCAAUCCUGCCGACUUUGCAUUAUGGAAGGCUGCAAAAUCUGGUGAACCAAGUUGGGAGAGCCCUUGGGGUCCAGGAAGACCAGGAUGGCACAUCGAGUGCAGCGCCAUGAGUGCUCAUUACCUGUCUCCGAGAUUUGACAUUCAUGGUGGUGGCGCAGAUCUGAAAUUCCCGCACCAUGAAAAUGAGAUCGCCCAGACAUGUGCUGCUUGUGAAGAUAGUGGUGUGAAUUACUGGUUGCAUAAUGGGCAUGUUACCAACAACAAUGUGAAGAUGGGAAAAUCACUGGACAACUUCUUUACGAUUAGAGAAAUCACGGCUAAAUAUCAUCCACUGGCUCUGAGACACUUCUUGAUGAGUGCACAGUACCGUUCUCCUCUGAACUAUUCGGUUUCGCUUCUUGAGAGUUCAUCGGAUGCUUUAUAUUGUGUUUAUCAGACAUUAGAAGAUCUUGUUAAAUCUCUAUCACCAUAUCGAGAAGAAAUGAGUGGAGAUGUGGGAAAGACUCAACAGACUGCAGAAGCCAAAGAGAUGAUAAAGAAGGUGAAAAGUGAGUUUGAAACAAAAAUGUCAAACGACUUGAACACUGCCCAUAUACUCACGGGUGCUUUUCAAGAUGCAUUGACAUUCAUCAACGUUUCAAUCUCCAAGCUCAAGAAAAUUCAGAAAAAGCAGCGGAUGUCGCUGAUCGUAUCACUAGUCGAGGUUGAGAAAGCAGUGAGGGAAGUUCUUGAUGUGCUUGGUUUGCUCACGACUCUAAGCUACAACGAUUUUUUGAAAGAGAUGAAACAAAAGGCAUUAACAAGAGCAGGAAUGGGAGAAGGAGAGGUCAUGCGGAGGAUCGAAGAAAGGAAAUUAGCCCGAAAGAAUAAAGAUUUCAAGAGAAGCGACCAGAUUAGAGAGUUGUUGGCAGCUAAAGGAAUCGCCCUGGAGGAUAUUCCUGGAAAAGACACGGUGUGGAGACCAUGCACCCCUUUGAGCUCUAACUCUAAGCCUAAAUCCGGUUUAGGCAUGACCGCCUUGGCUCUUGCUAUAGGAGGACACGUAGAGGAAGAAAUCUCUGGAGAAUCGAUCUCAGGGAGAGUCAAAGCUCCAUUGUUGCAGAGCAAUACUGGUGGAUUAGUAUUCAGCAAAUCCUUCAAUUCGAUCUAUGAUACUUCUAUGUAUGGACGCUUGCAGCUCAACAAUGGCCUUGCUCGAACUCCUCAAAUGGGAUGGAAUAGCUGGAAUUUCUUUGCUUGCAAUAUCAAUGAAACAGUCAUAAAGGAAACUGCUGAUGCAUUGGUUUCAUCUGGCUUGGCUGAUUUAGGAUACAUACAUGUCAAUAUUGAUGAUUGUUGGUCCAAUUUGUUACGCGAUUCAAAGGGUCAAUUGGUUCCUCAUCCUGAAACCUUCCCAUCAGGAAUUAAGCUUCUUGCUGAUUAUGUUCAUUCAAAGGGUCUCAAACUCGGUAUAUAUUCUGAUGCUGGCGUUUUCACGUGUCAAGUUCGCCCGGGAUCCCUUUUCCAUGAAGUGGAUGAUGCAGACAUUUUUGCUUCUUGGGGUGUGGAUUAUCUGAAAUAUGACAACUGUUUCAACCUGGGAAUAAAACCAAUCAAAAGAUACCCUCCAAUGCGUGAUGCUCUAAACGCAACUGGUCGCUCAAUCUUCUAUUCACUUUGUGAAUGGGGCGUUGAUGAUCCAGCCUUGUGGGCAAAAGAAGUUGGAAACAGUUGGCGGACAACCGAUGACAUCAAUGAUACAUGGGCAAGUAUGACUACAAUUGCUGAUUUGAAUAACAAGUGGGCUGCAUAUGCUGGACCUGGUGGUUGGAAUGAUCCGGAUAUGUUGGAAAUUGGGAAUGGAGGGAUGACAUACGAGGAGUAUCGAGGUCAUUUUAGCAUUUGGGCUUUGAUGAAGGCACCCCUUUUGAUUGGUUGUGAUGUAAGAAACAUGACCGCUGAAACUUUUGAGAUUUUGAGUAAUAAGGAGGUUAUAGCUGUAAACCAAGACCCACUUGGUGUUCAAGGAAGGAAAAUUCAAGCCAAUGGAGAAGAUGAUUGUCAGCAGGUGUGGUCAGGACCUUUAUCUGGUGACCGUAUGGUAGUUGCUCUCUGGAACCGUUGCUCUGAGCCAGCAACUAUUACAGCAUCAUGGGAUAUGAUCGGUCUUGAAUCUACCAUUAGCGUCUCAGUAAGAGAUUUGUGGCAGCACAAAGAUGUAACAGAGAACGCGUCAGGCUCCUUUGAAGCUCAAGUAGACGCACACGACUGUCAUAUGUAUGUUCUCACUCCCCAGACAGUAUCACACUCUGAUGUAUAGUUCUUUGUUAGGAGGCACUCAAAUCUCAAAGAUUGCCUUGUGUUUCUGUAUACCUGUUGUGUAUCCUGUAACACGUGAAACCUAUUGUUGUUACUCAGGACAACUUUCAUAGUGUCUGGUUGUACAAAACCUAGUGUUUAUGUUUUGAGCAUUGAGUGAAAUAAUGUUUGUUACUCUCUGCACAAAUCGCCACAACAAGAAGUAAAAUUGAGGAGAUCUC